CGUCGCCGUAGCCGACAGUACGGCCCGCCUCCAACUCAAAUACCUUGAGGUGAAGAUUAGGAAGUCGGUAAACGCAUUUAGUCAGAAAGCCUUGCAGUGUUGUGACCUUUUAAUCAACAUAAAAGGCGUUUAAUAAAUGCUCGGAUUUUGCUGCUUGUGGUGAGUUCACGGUCACUCGCCGUCAGCGGGAAAAUGGCUUUGCUACGUUCAAAGUCUUCGCUGUUGUGGUUCCUUGUUGUUGUGACAGUUCACGUGAGUGCAGCCGAACAGAGACCGAUGCGGCGGAUGACACUGGCCGAGGAUGAUGUGGUCUGGGAGUCCAAACGCAACACGUUCAGCUUGAGGUCCAGCAAAACCACCCAUAGGGCAAAUGCCGUCGGGCCUGAGCCGGGAGACGUCGCGGGCGCGUUCAGGGUCCCAACUCUGGAUGGGGAGUUUAUCUACCAGCCCGGUAAUUUGAAGGGAUCUCUGGUAAUUCACGCCUUCACCAACAAGUCAGGGUUUCUGGAGUGCAUGUGGAGCUCGGAGUCGUCCCUGUCCAGUCUAGUUCAGGACCUGCCCGACAGCACACAUGUGCUCUUCCUUUCCCAAGACGACUCUGCUGUCAGUGAUGCUCUCUGGAUGCGGGAACAGGUGCAAAGGGCCGCCGUCACGCACAGUAAGAAGGAGGUUCUGUCCAGGCUGCACUUCUCUCCGGUGCCGCUCUUCGCUCUGGGUAACUGGAUCCCCAGCGUGCUUUACUACUGGAGCUGCAUAGGACACAACUGUGGCUUCUCUCAGGCUGUUUUCACCUCGAAGGGAUGGAAGAUGCCUGUGAUUAUCAAGAGACUGGAUGCCAGAUAUGAUUGGCUCAUGGGGCACUGGGAUCACAAGUCGUAUCAGCUGAUCGACGCAGGAGACGGGUGCAAUGCGUCUCCCUCGGUGUCGGGUGCUGUGGCCUGGGUGUCUGAGGGCAACUGCUCCUUCUUCACUAAGGUGCAUAGCAUGGUCAAAUCCAAUGCCUCCGGUGUCCUCGUCUAUGCCCUCGCCGGUAACCCGAUCCAGGACAUGAACUGCGUCGGGAGUGAAUGUUACACGCCGCUGGGCAUCCCCGCUGCCAUGGUGCACCUGGAGCCUUCGGUCGCCCAGGCGCUCCGGUCUGGGCAGAUGGUGAACGUGUCCUUCCAGACCACUCCGUCACCAAACUUCUUCAUCAGUGUAGACCGAGAGGGAGCGCUGGCUGAGAUGGGAUGCUUCCUCUACCCCACGUUCAGCUUCUUCAACUGGCAGGCACAGUGGUUUGAUUUCUACGCGGAUCUCUGGACCAAACUUCAAAGUCCUGCCAAAGUUGUUUCUGUCUUUGACAAAGUCCAAAUGCAGGGGGACAAAGGAGCCGUGGCUACAGUCGACCUGCCGCUAGGCUUGUUGGACUUUAACACACUGGAGCUGGACGCGUCCCUGUCGUGUCCCGGCAGGGGAGACUGGUCCUGCGCUCCGUGGGAUCACACGGUGCAGCUGUUCGUCUGCUGCGAUCACCUCAGUCCGUACUGCAACAUGGAGCUGGGCCGAUGGAUCACCGCCUUCCACAGAGGUACCGGGCGCUGGCUGACAGACGUGUCCCCUCUCAUCCCCCUGCUGGACAGCAACAAAUGCACCUUCACCAUGAAGACGGCGCCUUGGGCGAAGCCGUGGAUCGUCUCCCUCAACCUGAGAUUCAACCUCAGGAAUCAGACAGGUAACGGCGGAGACGAGCUCCACCCCUUCAGAGUGACAUCACUGUACAACGGGGGAACCUUCGACAAAAACUACAACAAGCAAUUCCAUCCGAUCAAAUUCUCCGUCCCGGCGUCGACCAAAAAGGUGGAGCUGUACGCCGUCAUCACGGGUCACGGCAGCGAUGAGUACGGCUGCGGGGAGUUUUGUGUCACCUCCCACCACUUCUUGAUCAACUCUGCUUAUAAUAACACUCUCACAUUUGAUACCGCAGGAACAGCUCUGGGCUGCGCCAUGCGGGUAAAAGAGGGUGCGGUGCCGAACGAAUACGGCACGUGGCUGUAUGGGCGAGGAGGCUGGUGUGAUGGACUACAGGUCGACCCCUGGAGGACUGAUAUCACCAAACAGUUGAGCGGAGUUGACUCCAACACCAUUAUCUACUUCGGCUUGUUCGACGGGCAGGAUCCUAAUCCAUCUCGGGAGCCCGGAUGCAUCACCAUGUCUUCUUUUCUUGUCUUCUACAAAUAAUGUCCCUCCAUGUGUAAAUGAUGAGCGAUUAAUGAAUGUGAUACGUGCUAAAUGUACAAUCAAAUCAGAGAUUAAAUUUCUAUUUUCUUACUGUU